UGUGCGCCGCGAUGAGGAGUUUUUGGAAGCCUUGGGGUUGGCUCUGCAAAGUAGAAAAAAAGGUCGUGGAGGCCAAAAUACUUCUGCCGGUCUCAAACCCGCACUGCCAGGAGCGAUCCAGCCUCUACUAACCACCUCUAAGCGUUGAGCUGCGAGGUGCCCUGCCACUGGGUGUGCGCAGCGGGCGGGCACCUGCCUAGGUCACUGUUGGAUGUGGGAUGUAUGUGCCCACUAUGCGGGCAUAGAGCCCGUGCGGGCCAAACUCACCCACACUUGCAUUUGUUGUACGAGUGGGAAUGUCACCCGUGGCUAGUGCAUGCAUGCUCCGUCUUGUCCUUGGAACACGACCAGCAGGGCCUGAGGGGCCGCGCCUAGCCAGAUUUGAGACAGGUGCGUGGUCGUUCCACUCUCCCUUUGCAUACCUAGAGUUACAGCUCUUGCUGCACACAGAGGGCACCAUACUGGGCAGGAAACACACACACACACAAACACGCACCAUGGAGAAAAAAUACUGGGGCUGCUGGAAGACUGAAGACUAAGAAUGAUCACGGAGGCAGGGGUCAACCACAGGUGCGUGCAGACACCACGACUCCCGCACGUGUUACUCAGCACUCCUGAACUCGGGAGACGUGCGCUUCCAAGAGAUGGAAACAAACUCUAGAAAAGUGACUAGGAGAGCAGAGAAAGGAUGCCGAUGUUCAGGAAAAGGGAGACUUGCGUCUCCAGUACCGCAUACGGCGAAAAUUCGUUCAGUCGCGGGUGCAGAAUCGGGGUCCGGGAUCCGCCCGCACAGUGCCGCCUGUGCUCAGCAGAAGGUUCCUUCGGAGUCUUCCUGCGAGAAGAGGCGCGGGCCUGGGGGUUCCCCGCGUUUCCUGAGCGCAAGGCCGCCGCGUCCCGCUCCCGCCCGUGCCAGGCCCAGCGGGGCUCUGCCAUGGCUCCACUCACCAGCUCCCGCCACCUGGGUUCCGCUCCCGGACCUCGGCCACCCGAGCCUCCCGAUUCGCCCGCCCACUGGCCUCGCUUUACGGAGCCUGCAGCCUUCUUCCGGAGCGCCGGGACCCCAGGCGGCGCCGCGACUGGGAGCCGGGUCGGAGGCCAGGCUGGGGCGCGGGCCAGAGCUGCUGGGCCUCCAGGAGCGGGAGAAGGAGGGUGCUCCCUCUCCUCUCCGGGCCGUGUCAAUGCUUUGCACUUGGGGCUGGCGUGCGGCUGGGGGCCCUUCCCCAGUGCCCUGGGACCCGGGUACCCCUCGCCUCGGGCCCUGACGGCGGGUCAGGUCGGCCCUCCGCGCUUUCCAGUCCGGGAGCAGGGAGGCGCGGGCGCGGGCGGCGAGGUGGGGGCCGGGGCAGGGGGAGGGGUCUCGGGGCCCGCCGGUCCGUCAUUGGUUAAUAUUUUAUUCUGUUGA